CUCAACGACAUUUUGUUCAAAUAGAGAAGCUGGCUAAAGAUAAAAAUAUUUUCUGAAAAUGGCAGACAGGGGCCGGGGAAGAGGUCGAGGUCCUUUGCGUGGACGAGGAGGACAAAGUCGAGAUACUAAUCGCCAAAAUGAACAUCGAGAUGUCCCUUGGAAACUUUUGUUAGGAUUUCGAAGACUACAGGAACUCAAGGAUAAAGAACCUUACGAAGUUACUCUAACUCUAUCAAAACGUAAACAUGCUUUUAAAGAAGCUUUAAGUGAAGCAACUCAUGAGAAUAACAUUGUAGCAUUGUUCCUAAGAUGUAUAGCAAAGGCUAGUGAAUGUGAAACAUUGAGGGAAAGUAUGAUUGAAAUAUUUGUUAUUUUGGAAAAUUCAUUAUUCUUUAAAUCAUCACUCCCUGCUUAUAUCUUUAGUGCCAUGACAGAAGCUUCGCACGACAGGCAAAUGAACUACAAGCAACCCUUUCGGGAUAUACUAACAAUAGUUAGAGACUUCAGACUGAAAAUGCCUCAAUCAAUUGUGUCAGUUAUGGGGUUAAAUGCUAUACUUGAUACCACAUUUAACUCACUGCGAAAUAAUUCUAGUGAAGUCGUAGAUGAUGAAAUGUGGGAAUCUUAUCUGGAGUAUAAAGAAGCACAAGAAGAAUCACUCAAAAGAAUGGCAACGAAAAAGACUAAAACGCGACAAGAGGUUGACAAUGAAGAAGACCCACCAGACGAUUUUCGUGAAUUAACCAUAUUUCCAGGAAAGGUCGAUGUGGAGAUUAAUGCUGAACCUUUUAUUAGACGCAAUAAGAAAACUGGAGGAUAUGAGAACACCGACCAUUAUCUAGAUGUUCAGUUCCGUCUUUUACGUGAAGACUUCAUUGGUCCGUUACGUGAUGGCAUAAAAGAGUAUAUUGAAGCUGUACAUGCAACAGGAAAAGCUAAGCGAUUGCAAGAACUAAGAAUAUAUACCGAUGUACAGAUCAUAAGUCCAGUUUGUAACAAUAGUGGGCUUUGUCGUAGGAUAAGUUUUCACUGUAAAGGAAUGGAUCGCGUACGAUGGGAAUCGAGCAAACGACUGAUUUAUGGUUCUCUUGUAUGUUUAUCAUCUGACAAUUUUCAGACAUUACUUUUUGCAACCGUUGCAGAUAGAGAUUUGAAAAACAUUCAAAAAGGGUUGGUUGAUGUCAAGUUUGAGACUGAUAACAGGACGAUUGCUAAUAUUCCAGAAGACACAGUGUUUGUUAUGGCAGAAACAACUGCUUACUUCGAAGCUUAUAGGCAUGUUCUACUAGGAUUACAAAAUGUGCCAAACGAUGGUUUGCCAUUUGAGAAGUACAUUGUCAGAUGUUUUACGGAGACAGCUUUGCCUGCUUACCUCCGGCGAAAUCCUGAGGCGACGUUUGAUUUACGGCCUCUAGUUGAUGAAGACAUGAUUUUACGUGCGAAAAGAAAUAUAACUGGAAAUCGAGAAGAUACCCGAGAACCAAUAUACAACUUCAGUGUUAGGUCUGAGGAAGCUCACCAUGUCAAGGUCAACAAUUUAAAAACGUGGCCAGCCCACGAUCUAUUUCACUUGGACAUGUCUCAGUUUAGAGCUGUUCAAAAUGCCCUUUCGAGAGAAUUUGCCAUUAUUCAAGGGCCACCAGGAACUGGUAAAACUUACAUUGGACUUAAAGUUGUUAAAGCACUUCUUCAUAACAGAAAUCUGUGGAAUACUAAUCCUGACACUGGACAGGAAGAUAAUAGACCAUUGCUUGUCGUCUGUUAUACAAAUCACGCACUAGACCAGUUUUUGGAAGGAAUUUUAAGAUUUUUCAAAGGCGACAUUCUACGACUUGGUAGUCGCAGUUCUAGUGAGGUAAUGAAGCAGCUGAACAUCAGUAAUAUGCGGAUGACAAUGAGAAAGAAGAGGGAAUUACCUCGAAUUAUUCAUAUGGAAAGAAUGUCAACUAAACAUACAAUGAAAGCUCUUCAAGAAGAAAUUAAUAAAAUAUGCGAAAGAAUUGAAAUGGCAAGACGGGAAUUACUACACGAAGACACUUUAGAAGCAGCUAUGGGCAAAUUCUUUACACGUCUAGUUUCUGGCUUCGAGUUCAGAAUGUACCAGUAUGGAUAUGAAAUGCACAAAUCGAAGAAACAGUCAGCAAUGUUGGAAUGGCUUGGGUAUGGCAACAUUUUAACCGAAGAUCCUGCAGUAGAAGGGGAACAGGAAGUUCAAAACGAAAACAAUAUUGAGAAUAAUCAGGUAAAUGACGGUAAUCAGAUAAACAACGAAGAGAACCAAGAUGAUUUGAUGGACGAGUUCAUAAAUGUCAUCGAUGAGUUAGAUGCAGAAAUGAACAUGAGACAGCUUGACAUUGACGAUUUGGAAAAUGAAGAAGAAAACGAUGCACUUGUUACAGAAAUGCAACAAGCAUUACACGAUUUGGAUGUACGAAAGCCAGUGAUAGCAUUGAAUGUUUCUCAGUUAGAUGCAGAUGAUAAAAAAUCGAAUGUAUUUGAGCAAUGGCAAAUGACAAAAAAGCAAAAGAAACAAAUGAAAAAAACACUCAGAAAAGAACUAUCAUCAAAUGAUCGUAUGACUCGUGAAGAAGUUUCUCGCAAUUUUGAUAUGUGGGAACUACGAAAACAAGACAGAUGGCGCUUAUAUCGAUUUUGGGUUAACGCAUAUUGCGAUAGUCUCAAAGAGAAGAUACGAGGAAAAGAAGACGAGUUUCAGUUAGCAUGUGCAAAAUAUAAUGAGGUUUUGAUGCAAGAGGAUAGGGAAAUCAUGCGACAGUCAACCGUAAUUGGAAUGACAACUACGUGUGCAGCAAGGUAUCAGUCCGUGCUUCAGGAAAUCAGACCACGAAUUGUUGUAGUCGAGGAGGCAGCAGAGGUACUUGAGGCGCAUAUUGUUAGUACUCUCAGUAGAGGGUGCGAACAUGUAGUAUUGAUAGGAGAUCAUAAACAGCUCAAACCGAGUCCUACUGUUUAUAAACUAGCAACCAAAUACAACUUAGAGAUUUCUUUGUUUGAACGCAUGAUAUGUAACAACAUGGCAUAUGACUGUCUCCAAUUUCAGCAUCGAAUGAGACCAGAUAUAUCAAAAAUGUUGCGUAAAAUAUACCCAGAAUUGAAAGAUGAUGAUGCGGUUAAAGAUUAUCAAGAUGUCAAAGGUAUUUCAAGCAAUGUAUUUUUCAUCGAUCACACAAAUGAAGAAUCUUCUGAAGAUGAUUUGAAGAGUCACUCAAACGACCAUGAAGCAGAUUAUAUUGUCGCUCUGUGUAGAUACCUUUUGUUGCAAGGAUACGAGCGAGAACAGAUAACCGUCUUGACUCUUUAUUCUGGUCAGCUAUUUGCUUUUAGGAAGAGAAUGCCAAAAUCUUUAUAUGAAGGCGUAAGAGUAACUGUUGUUGACAAUUUUCAAGGAGAGGAAAAUGACAUUAUUUUGUUGUCUUUAGUUCGAAGUAAUGAAGAUGGAAAAAUUGGAUUUUUAAGCAUUGAAAAUAGAGUUUGCGUUGCACUUUCUAGAGCAAAAAUAGGACUCUACGUCAUUGGGAAUUUUACAUUGAUGGCGAAUAAAAGUAAAUUAUGGUGUUCUAUCGUUGAUCAUGCCAGAAGAAACAUGUUCCUUGGAGAAGCCUUGCCACUUUAUUGUCAAAACCAUCCAAAUGAAAACGGACUUUUUGCUGCAGUACCAUCAGAUUUCAAGAAGGCACCUGAAGGUGGAUGUAUGAAACCAUGCGAAUACCGUCUUCCAUGUGGUCAUACCUGUGCAAGAGCUUGUCAUACAUACGAUCGUGAUCACGAGGAAUAUGAAUGUAAUAAACCAUGCACUAAAAUACUCUGUGAAAGAAAUCACAGAUGCUCUCGAAGAUGUAAUCAAGAAUGUGGAAAAUGUCUUCAAUGGGUUGAAAAGACACUUCCAAAAUGCGGACACAAACAAGAAGUCAUGUGUUAUAUAGAUCCAGUAAACUGGAAAUGUACAUCAAAAUGUUUUGCCAGUCUGCCUUGUGGUCAUCCUUGUCGCAAUCUUUGUGGAGAAGCGCAUACAGAGUAUUGUAUGAUGAAAGUUCUGAAAAAAUGGAGCUGUGGGCAUUCGGAAAAAAUUAGUUGCAACCAACAACAAACAGCAAUCUGCAAUAAAAAGUGCGAACAAGAACUUGAGUGUGGUCAUAUCUGUGGUGGAACAUGCGGGGAAUGUUUCCAAGGAAGGCUUCAUGCAUCAUGUAGAGAAAACUGCAAUCGACGUUUGGUUUGUGAACAUCCUUGUCAAGACAGCUGCUCUAGCUGUCCACCUUGUAUUCGUCAGUGUGAGAAUCGUUGUAAACACAGCUAUUGUGGCAAGAAAUGUGGACAACUUUGCGUGCCAUGUGCAGAACUCUGUGAAUGGCAAUGUAGACAUCAUAGAUGCGAAAAAAUAUGCAGUGAACCAUGCAAUAGACCCCGUUGUAACAAACCAUGCAAGAAAUUGCUAGAAUGUAAACACCAGUGUAUUGGACUCUGUGGGGAACCGUGUCCUAAUCUUUGUAAGAUAUGCCAUAAUGACAUUGUGACAGAAGUCUUCCUUGGAAACGAGGACGAACCAGGUGCACGAUAUGUCCAAUUGGAGGAUUGUGGACACGUUUUUGAAUUUUCUGACUUAGAUCAAUGGAUGGACAUAAUUGACGAAGGGAACAACGACACGGCCAUAAAAUUGAAAGAAUGCCCAAAAUGCAAAACAGCUAUUCGCCGUAACUUGCGAUAUGGUAACAUGAUUAAACAAGCACUUCGUGAUAUUGAAUCUGUAAAAAGAAGAAUGUUAGGUGACGAUGUGAGAAAGUCCCAAAUGGAAAAAUCCAUAUCUCGAGGAAUACCUACUUUACCUGUUAAAGAACAGCGAAUAAUCAGAGAAUAUCAUUCAGAUUUAACCAAGGGUCCUUUUGACGAAAACACACUUUCAGCAAUUGAAAAUCAAAUCAACAUUGUACGUCAUGUUAAUGGUUUGAAAGCAAAGUUUGAAAAGGAUAGAGAUUCUGUGCAUUACAUAGAACUUAAUGACAAAGCUAUUGAACAUUUGGAUAAUUGUCAUGAAUUUACUCUUAGAAAGAGAAAAUACUUUACUGUCCAAGAAACCAAUGAUCUCAAUGCAGAACUAGAUCGUUUACAAAGACUCCGCAUUUUCCUACAAUACAAGGAAAGAAGAAGAGUAACGGAGAGUGCUCUACCAAGGGAGCUGAGUCUCGAUUUCAUGACAGCAGAAGAGUACCUGACAAAAGGGACAUUUACAAAUAUUAGAAAGAUGUUUGUUGACAAAACACUCGAAACAUUAAAGACAGCAUUACCACUAUCUGGAUUAGCUAUUACUGACAAGGAACGGAUAGACAUUGUAACAGCGAUUGGAUUGGGAAAAGGUCAUUGGUUCAAAUGUCCAAAUGGACACGUCUAUUGUAUUGCUGAUUGUGGAGGUGCUACUGUGGAAAGUAAAUGUCCAGAUUGUGGGUCAGUCGUUGGUGGUUCUGGACAUACGCUUAGACAAGAUAAUAGAUUUGCACCAGAAAUGGACGGAGCCACUAAUCCUGCUUGGUCAGAACAAGCCAACAUGGGCAAUUAUGACCCAUUUCAGAUCAGAUUUUAAUCUAUUUGAAUGCCAUGCCAUGUCAUGUUAUUUUGUUUGUUAUUUAUGCUAUCUUUAAUUAAAUUAUUUUGAGUGAU